CCCGCUUCUUCCACUCUCCAUCACUUUUUUUGGAUAGUGACCUACAUACUUUUUAUUAUUUUCGCUCAAAACUCUUAAGAAAACUACAAAAAAACCCCCCAAAAAUCAGUAAAAAUAGCACCCUCAACACCUAUACCACCGAACAGUACCAACAACACGCCCACUAACAGCCAAGUGUCCAGCGACAUUUCGCAAUUGCACUCAUCCCCAUCUGGCGAAAACCAUUCAGCAUCAGCAGCCCCCAUUCCAUCACGCCCGAAGCGAUUGCGCCAAUCUCACAUACCUGUGCGGCCAUCAACAAUCCCCGCAUUCAAAAAGAAUCGGACAUCAUCUCUGCGCUCAACAAUUGUAAAAAAUUGUCAAAACGAAAUGACCAAAGCGCCGAAAACGAAGACAACAGCAGUAACGAGCACUAUUGGUAAAAAAGGAGCUGCCCCUUACAAACAGCCUUUGAACCCCGAGUUCAUUAAAACUGUGGAACAGAACUUUGCCACUGGAAAACCCUAUAUUGUGUGCCCGAACACACAAUGUAAGGACUUUGGUACCAUUAACAUGUCCGCUGACCUUAACACAGCUUUUGACCCCCCAGCCCCCACCUUCCACUGCAUGCAAUGCCGCAAAAAAUUCACCAAUAGCAUCAUGCUGGAACCACUCACUGUUGCAGCCCUUGAAGCAGCUGCUACUGAAAUGGAAACCGAACACGAGGAACAUAUCGACCUACCUGUACCCCAGCAACAACAACAACAGUUUGAUGAAAACAACUGGGCCGAGCAUAUUGAACGCCUUGCUACGGAAACUGCCAGAGAAGAUAGUGAUCAAUAUGACCACCUUCACCCUAACAUGCCACAAUAUGUUAUGGACAUCCAUAAGCGUAUUGAUAAAACUAACAAAGUGGUCGCACAGCUGGCAGAGGCCCUUGCCAAAAACAGCAAACUAAUAAAAGAAAAUGCUACACUAACACAAGAACUCCAAGCAGCACGAGCAGAGAUAGCCAAGCUCCAGCAACAACAUCAACCGCAGCAAAAAGAGCACGCAGCUAUCACCAGUUCGGAGGACCCAGCACCGCAAGGAUCGCAGGCAUCCAAAUAUGCACCUGGCACUGAAAAACCCUCUUCACCACCAGCAUCAAAAACUACCCCUAGCUACGCCAAAGUAGCAGCUAAAGGUGUCCGUGCACCCAAGAAGCGUGCAGUUGCAGCAGCAGCCCGCCACUUGACCGAAGUUCCAGCGAACCAGGGAUAUCAAUUCAUCUAUAUCCCCUGCCGCCAUCGUAUGACGAUCACCAACAUGCGUGGUCUUUUGCGCACGCUCCGGAUCGAGAAUUCGCGUGUUUUAGACAUCCAUUUUCCCGACCAUCAAACUGCAGCUUUAUUGGUUCAUAACGAAUAUGCUGGUGCUAUAGCAGCUCGCCUGCUCAAGCUCGGUGUCAAUAUCAAAGAUGACUUUAAUCCCUUGGAUCCCAACCUACUAAAAGAUCCAAAACUAGCUGAACUAACCGUGGAAGAACGUACACAGAAAAUCACAGAAGUCCACCAUGGUCACAUACUCAAAGCCCUGGGUUUUAUCCGUGCACCGGAAGAAUAUGAUGAUGUCCGUGGAUCAACUCGCUCUCGACAAACUACUCCAGAGGCCGAAGCUGCUGCAAUUGCUGCUUUGCAAUCACUUGGCAGAGGCACUGAUGAUGACGGUGAUGCCCCCAUGGGUGAUAGCAGAUCGGCUAGCCCGAUCAUUGCCUCAAAGUGGCAGCACAACAACUAA